ACCAGAAAAGUACAGAAUACGGUUUUCCGAUCUUGGAGAGGAGGUUGUGCCAUAUGAUGGAACGCCUUUCAUUAUAACAGGCAGAAAAGUAAACAGCUGCAUCUUUGGGAAAGACAAACAUGUAGCUGAUAAAAAAAUAGAAACAACAGGACAAAGCCAGCAAUCUUGAGGUGAAUAUAGAAGAUUAUGACAUUUUGUUAGGAGCUUUAUGUGAGAACAACAAUCAUUGGUGUUUAAUGGUCAUUUAUCCACAAUUUAGAUAGCUUCUGUAUUUGAAUCCUUUAGGCGAGCAAAAGACACACCAGGACCAAUAUUUACAGAACUGGUUGUUAUUCAUAUCUGAAAGACACAAUAGGGGAAUCAGACGCAAUCCAUCUUUCAGUUUGGAAUGGAGUAUUGUUACCAGGAAACGCAGAAAACAAUUAGAUUCCUCAUCAUGCGGAGUUUUUACGUUGAAGUUGCAGAAAAUGUUCUUACAGAUAAUGACUUUAUGUUUGACUCAUCAAAAAGGGCUAUAAGAGCAUCAAGACACAUCAUUGGACAAGUUCUUGUUGAUAGCAGUGUUAAAGGAUUAUCACAACAACAGCAACCCAAGGCUAUGCCCCCAAGACCUAAACUCAGGAAACCGAAAUUAAAGGAAAAGGGCAUUGAAACAGCUUCAUCAUCAUGCACACAGGACAUCCAUUGGCUAUUUAUAUCGGUGUCAGCAAAGACAUGUUUACAGUGUCAAAGUCUGACUAGUGCCAUGAGUGAUGAUUUUGAUACAAUGCCAAUGACUAUCACCAGAGGAUUCUCAUCUGUGAAAGGACAGAACUUAGCAACAUUGUCUGAUGUCCACGUCAAACACAAACUGAAAGAGGUCAUAGAAAUGACUGAACUUCAAGGAAGUGCUAGCUAUUACAGUGCACAUUGGAGGCAUAUACGGUGGAUUACCGGUAUUUCAUUAGCAAAGCAUAUGGAAAUGAGGGAAGCCACAGCUGGGAUAUGCGAAAGACAGAACAUUUUUGGAAAUACUGCAGGCAAAGAGGUGUAUGCCUUGGUUCUCGCCGAGUUUUCGGAAUGGAAAAUUAAAUCAAUACAGCGAUUGGGAUUUACACAUAGACACUAUUUGACAGUCAAAGACAGUAUCAAUAAUUCCAAGCUACAGGCAACACUAGACAAAAUGAUGUCUCAGAAUAUGAACAGUGGUACAAGAUAUUUCAAAGAUGUUUUGUUUGUGGAAGCUGAAAUCUUAGUUGUUUCUCACAUCAAGAAGAUAACUGUACCUGAAGCUGACAGGCUACUUCAUCCUUUGCCGAGUUUGAAACGCUAAUUCCUAUAACUGCUAAUUAACUGAUGGAUACUUAAUGAUGAACACAAUGAAAAAUGUGAUGUUUUUUUAUGUGGUUUAUUUGUUUUUAGAAUAUUCGUUAAAUAGAACUACUGAUUCAAAUUUCAACCAUAUUGUAAUUUUUAGGAUUUCCACGAAAAUACUCGGAUACACAAAUACAAAAUAAGGUGUAUGAAAGAAAACAUGUAACCUUUGUCAAUGAUUUCUGUCAACCGGCC